AAGUUGAAGUCCAAGCCGACGAUGACGCUGAGCUGACAUCAGAGAAGGCGAGUCCCGCCUGAGUUGAAUAAUCUGCUUUCUGGGGGCGUUCUGGCUGCCUUUUUUUUUUUUCCUAUUUGGCUUUCAGCGUGUCAGAGUUUUUUUUUAAUGGUGCUCCUCUGCUGUCGCUGAAGUGCAGCUGGGCUCAUGGCAGAGAUGGAAUGCCGCGUGUUGUCCAUUCAGAGUCACGUUGUCCGCGGAUAUGUGGGAAAUAAGUCGGCGUCGUUCCCUCUGCAGGUGCUGGGUUUUGAAGUGGACUCCAUCAACUCUGUGCAGUUCUCCAAUCACACAGGCUACGCCCACUGGAAAGGUCAAGUCUUGACAGCCGACGAGCUCAUCGUGCUGUACGAGGGCAUCAAGCUGAACAAAGUCAACCACUAUGACUAUAUCCUCACAGGGUACAGCAGGGACACGUCCUUCCUGGCGACAGUGGUGGACAUCAUUAAAGAGCUGAAAAAGGCCAACCCCCGUCUGGUAUAUGUUUGUGACCCGGUGAUGGGAGACCACGGUGCAAUGUAUGUCCCGGAGGAACUGCUGCCAGUUUACAGAGACAAAGUAGUGCCUUUGGCGGAUAUCCUUACGCCCAACCAGUUUGAAGCAGAGCUACUAACUGGAAGAAAAAUCCACACAAUAGAAGAUGCUAUUGAGGCAAUGGAAUUGCUUCAUAAAAUGGGUCCUGAGAUGGUGGUCCUCACGAGCACUGACUUGCCUUCACAACAGGGAGACCAGCACCUGGUGGCCCUUGGCAGCCAGAAAAUAGCGCAACCCGACGGGAGCGUUUGCGAUCAGAAGAUCCGCAUGGACAUCCCCAAAGUCGACGCGGUAUUUGUGGGGACGGGAGACCUGUUUGCCGCCUUGCUGCUUGCCUGGACACACCAUCACCCCAAAGACCUGAAGGCUGCCUGUGAAAAGACGGUUUCCGUCAUGCAUCAUGUAAUCAAGCGCACCAUUACCUACGCUAAUGAAAAAGCCGGCCCGGGGAAAAGGCCAAGCCCCGCGCAGCUGGAGCUGAGGAUGGUCCAGAGCAAAGGCGACAUAGAGAACCCGACCAUCGUAGUGGAAGCUAAAGUUCUACAUCAGCCGUAACGACUUAGCUUCAUAAACACACAUUGCCACAGGUAAUGUAGGAUCUUCCCAUCCGGGUGUUAAACUCGGGAAGGGCCAAUACCUAUCUGUACGGAGGAGACACUCCAGAAUCACUGCCGUGCAUCUCUCCCUAUUAGGAUGUCUGUAGAGUCUUAGAAUCAAUCAAUUAGCCAAUAGGACCUAUUUUUAGAGGGUAAAACACUUGACUAGUAAAUGUACUUGAAGAUCAUGCAUGCUUGUCCAUGCCUCAGCUUGUUUAGGCUUCACUACCAAGUCCGAGCUCAACAUAGGUGCGUUGUGAUUUACAGUAGGGAAGGAAUUCAUUAUGGGUGGAUCUCACGUGAGAGGAAGAGGGGGGGUAAAUCGUUUUGAAAAUGAUGGAAAGCGACCUGGGGAUAGGUUGAUUGGCAACACUAAAUUGGCCCUAGUGUGUGAAUGUGAGUGUGAAUGUUGUCUGUCUAUCUGUGUUGGCCCUGCGAUGAGGUGGCGACUUGUCCAGGAUGUACCCCGCCUUCCGCCCGAUUGUAGCUGAGAUAGGCGCCAGCGCCCCCCGCGACCCCAAAAGGGAAUAAGCGGUAGAAAAUGGAUGGAUGGAAAGCGCCACUCUGCAUGGCAACUGACGCUGUGGUCAAAGUUGGAAUUGCCACAAAACACUAUUUACCAUAUUCAACACUGCUGGGGUGUCAAACUCAUUUUAGUUUCUGGACCACAUGGAGAAAAAUCUAGUGGGCCGGUCCGGUAAAAUCACGGCAGGAUAACUUAAAAACAAAGACGACCUCAUAUUGUUUUCUUUCUUUAAAAAUAGAACAAGCCCAUUCUGAAAAUGUACCAAUCAUAAUGUUGUUGGGGGUUUUUUACACUUAUUAACACAUUACACACUGUAAUAGCUUGGUUGGUAGAGUGGCCGCGCCAGCAACUUGAGGGUUGCAGGUUCGAUUCCCGCUUGUGCCAUCCUAGUUACUGCCGUUGUGUCCUUGGGCAAGACACUUUACCCACCUGCUCCCAGUGGCACCCACACUGGUUUAAAUGUAACUUAGAUAUUGGGUGUCACUAUGUAAAGCGCUUUGAGUCACUUGAGAAAAGCGCAAUAUAAAUAUAUAAUUCA